AGCUUUCUCUUGGUCAAGUAGGUUCACCGGUGGGUAUGUGGAAAUACGUGCGUGACAGCACAUACCCAAACUCACGCAUGCAGAGACGCGAGUUCAUUCGCGCUACACACACACACGCACAAAAUAAGUAAAUGUCGUUUUACUUUUUCCGCUUUCCAUCGAUGUCGACGUGUGCGUUGACGCUGCUGGCGACCGGCAGCGCUGCCAUUGCCUACGAAACAUGGGUGGUAUUGCGGACACGCCGCGGUGCCGUGCCGGUCUUCAACAGCGCCGCCGUCGUCCGUACGGAGGAGUCGGUCCGCUACCCCUGCAAACACUUCUGUGGCUUUGAUGCGGUGGUGCGCAGCUACUAUGUGCCUACAACUAACAAGCGCGAGAAGAACGCACGCUCUGACGGUGACGACGCCGCGCUGACCACCACAGCGGCGAGUUCACACAGCUCCUUUCCUGUGCGUUGGAGAUGGUUUGUGAGUCUUUUCUCCAACAGCACGCACAAGGUCAGCGAUGACUCCACUGUACCGGAGAACGAGGGCGAAGCGGCGUCGGUGCGAUUGGUGGUGCGAGACGCGAAGGCGUCCGCGAUGCUGCCGGACCGCGCCGCAGUAAACGACACAAGUGUUAUUGCCGCCUCGCUCUGGCCACCACACACCUCGAAGUACGCCGCGCUGGUUCUGGAGCCAUCAGCGAGCAAUGACAAGGAUAACGGCGGCCCGUCACCCCCACCAUCGCGCUCGCCGCUGCGCCAGCUAAUGGAUGGCGCCACGCACCAAUCACUCGUGCGGUGCAAUCCACGGUCCACGCUGCUCCACAUGGCGUGCGAGGCCGAUCCGGCCUACCUCGGUGCCCCGUACCUCCGCGUGCUGCUGAGCGGCUUCCUCCUGCUCCCUCCGACGCUCUCGCAGCUCAACGUGGCGGUGCUCGGUGUGGGCGGCGGUUCCCUGCCGCUCUUUCUACAGGAGUACUUCGCCAGUCGUCUGCACCGGUGCGACUUGGUCGACGCCGAGCCGAUGUGCUUCACGGCAGCGGUGGAGCAGCUGGGGUUGAAGGAGUCGCUGAACACUGUGGCCCUGCGGCAGGAGGGAGGCGGGGUGCACUACUACGUCGAGGACGCGGUGCAGUACCUGCGGCAGCGUGUCCACGGCCGUGACACGACUGCCCGUACGACUGCGUCAGGUCAGCGAGCAGUGGGGUUUAGUGCGAGCACUGUGCACGCCAGCACUCCUGUCUUUCGCGCGGCAGACUGCGGCAUCGACGGCGCAGGGUCCUCUGCGUCCUCCGUUGUCUCACCCUCGACCAGCAGCAGGCGCCAGCAUCAGCUGGACCUACUCUUUGUAGACUUGUUCGUGGGCAGCGAGUUGGACGGUGCCGUCACCUCGCUUGACUUCUUGCAGCUCUGCCGAGGCGCGCUCUCGCCGUACGGAGUCGCCGCGUUCAACCUGCCCGCAGCGGACAAAGUUUUUGUGCAGCGCUGCGGGGUGGUGUUCGGCGACCGCAACGUCCUCCGCAUCCCCGUCCCGGCGAGCUCGAAUGAGGUGGUGCUCGUGCGCGGUGGGGUGGGGAGUCGCAGCGACAUGGUCGGCGCAGAGUUGUCGCACCGGCAUCUCGUCCGACGGGCUCAGGAGCUGACGGCGCAGUAUCGGCUGCCGUACGACCUUGCGAAUCACUACCCCGUGUGGUGGCGGCUGUGGUAG